AUGGAGCGCGGUCAAGCAGAUGGCGUUGCCUUGGGAGCCAGCUUGGAUGCAGACGACCGGCAGAAGCUGAUGGACGACAUGCAAGAAGUCAGUGCAGCACUGGCACGCAUGGCCCGUGAGACGAGUCCAGGUCCUGCGGCGGCAGGCCAAGAGGCUGGUAUUGGUCCAGUCCCGGAGGAGCUAGAGGGGGCUGGUCAAGAAGCGGAAGCACCCGCAGAGUAG